AACCACGUUGGGGAAGCUCUCCCCUCAGAGAUGGUCACCAGACUGUACGAUGGCAUGCGGAGGGUCGACCUGGCAGGGAAGGCGAAGGGGCCCAGCGAGAGUGUUUCCCAUGAGCAGUUCACAGUGUUCAUGUCCCACCUGCUGAAAGGAAACUCCGAGGAGAAGAGUCUCAUGAUUCUGAAGAUGAUUUCUGCCACAGAAGGGCCUGUGACAGCCAGAGAAGUCCAAAAGUUUACAGAGGACCUGCUUGGCUCUGUGGUGCACGUGCUAGGCCACAGGCAGGAGCUGGGAGGCUGGACCGGGAAGAAAGCCCCAGGUGCAGUCCCCAGUGUGCGGGCGUUGGCUGCUCAGCUGCUCUCCGAAAUGAGGCUUCCAGGUGGCGAGAGGCUUCUGGGGCCUCAAUGGCUGGACUGUGACUGUGACCGAGCCACGAUCGAGGACUGGGUGUUCAGGUCCCCCCACGUGGCCACGUUUCUGAGUGUGGUCAUCCACAAAGGUUUGCUCGUCCUGUGCUCGUCCCUCGACCUGGCCAGCCUGGUCCCAGAGCGCCAGGUGGACCAGGGGAGGGAGUUUGAGAGCCUCCUGGACGUCCUGUCAGUCAUCUACUUGGACUCCCACCUGCCCAGGGAGUGGCAGCACCGCUGGCGUCUUCUCUUCUCGUCCGAGCUCCAUGGGCACAGCUUCUCCCAGCUCUGCGGACGCAUCACCCAUCGGGGGCCCUGCGUGGCCCUCCUUGAGGACCACGAUGGCCAUGUGUUCGGGGGGUUUGCCUCCAGCUCCUGGGAGGUCAAGCCUCAGUUUCAAGGGGAUGACAGAUGCUUCCUGUUCUCCAUCUCCCCCAGCAUGGCGGUGUACAUGCACACAGGCUACAACGACCACUACAUGUACUUGAACCAUGGACAGCAGACGAUCCCAAAUGGACUGGGCAUGGGAGGCCAGCACGAGUACUUUGGGCUCUGGGUGGAUGUCGAUUUUGGGAAAGGACACAGCAAAGCCAAGCCCACGUGUACCACGUACAACAGCCCGCAGCUGUCCGCCCAGGAGAACUUCCAGUUUGACAGGAUGGAGGUGUGGGCGGUCGGGGACGUCCCCGAGGCGCAGCUGGCCAAGAGCAGCAAGAGCAUCCUCGACACGGACCCCGAGGCCCAGGCCCUGCUGGAAAUCAGCGGGCGAACUCGCCACAGCCAAGGGCUCCGGGAAAUCCCAGACGACAAUGAGUGAAGAGCCCCCCCGAAGUGAGGAGGAGUUCCCCGAGCUGUGGGUCUUCCUGGGCUGUAACACGCACCCCCUGGACAGAUGCAUAGUCUGUGGACCCUCAGUCCUGGGAAGAGCGUGAGGUCCUUGACCCUCUCCCCUCCCACAUUGGUUGAACUUUAAUACAGAGCUGCACGGAUCACAUCCAGGUGGUCCUGCAUGUGCUUAACCACGACACAGAGCCAGUGCCAAGAAAAAUGCCUCUCCUGCCAUAUAUUGAUUGGUGGGUGUAUCUCUCAGAAAUCUUAUGUGUCCAGUUAGACACUUAAUCUUAUACUUUGUUCAUUUCCUAUCAAUGAAAUCCAAAGACGCUGAGACAUUUGAAACCUCUGUUGGAGUUAGUGUUUGUUUGGAAUGUGAGCUCUUGCCAUGGAGGAGGGGGUUCCACCCCGAGGGUCACUUGGCCUCUGCUCUGGCCAUCCCGGUUAGAAAGCAUGCCUUGAGGGUCCAUUUUGACUGGUAAAGCUCAGAUGAUGAGAAUCUUGAUGCUUUUGGGGAACAGCUUCCGAUGGCGUGGAAUUUCUUGUAUGUAUUAAAAAUAUUAAUGGGGAGAAUAGCCAAAGACUUUGAAGUUAACAUGGCCUCACAGUGGCAUGGAUCCUCAAAAGGUGUUUGUAAUUACGGUUCCGCAUGUAGCUUUCUCAGCUUUUAAAAAAUGAACCUUUGCUAUGAACAAACAGGAAAACUGGGAGAUCUAUGUACAGAGAAGCAAGGCUGUGCUCUUGGUGCUGACUUAAAUGUGGGACAUGUCCAGGGGCCGUAAGUCUAGGAGCUUGGUCAGUAUAAAUGUAUGGUCCAUCCCAUAAAUCAGUGGUGAAUUCCAACCCAGUGCUGGCCUGAGUUCUAGACCCCUGGGCACCAACAUGAUUGGUAUCGCCACUUGCCCAGGGCUGCUU